GAGAAUACAGAGAAAACGACAAACCAACCCACCUUCAUUACAAAACCUUUCAUACAAGUAUCGAUGGAUUCCUGUGACUGUGAGUGAAAGCCCAAAACAGUCAGCUGUCAGCCCACGUUUCUUUGCUCUCCAAUUAGUUGCUUAAAUCAUCUUUUGUCGAGCUGUGUGACAAUGGCAGAUGAGGUAGUUCUGCUGGAUUUCCGGCCCAGCAUGUUUGGGAUGAGGGUCAGGAUCGCGCUUGCUGAGAAGGGGAUCGAGUACGAGUACAAGGAGCAGGACCUGAAGAACAAGAGCGAGCUGCUUCUCAAGAUGAACCCGGUUCACAAGAAGAUCCCGGUUCUCAUCCACAACGGCAAGCCGAUCUGUGGGUCCCUCAUCAUCGUUCAGUACAUUGACGAGGUCUGGAACGACAGGUCUCCAUUCCUGCCCUCCGAUCCUUACCAGAGAGCUCACGCCAGGUUCUGGGCUGACUUUUUUGAUCACAAGGUGUAUGGUGUUGGAAGGAAGUUAUUGGCGACAGAAGGAGAGGAGCUGGAGGUAACAAAGAAGGAUUUCUUGGAAAUGUUUAAGACAUUGGAGAGAGAGCUUGGUGAGAAGCCCUACUUUGGGGGUGAAACAUUUGGGUUUGUCGACAUUGCUCUCAUCACUUUCUACAGCUUCUAUGUGCUUGAGACAUUUGGGGAAUUCAGCAUAGAAGCAGGGUGCCCUGAGAUUAUUUCAUGGGAUAAGAGGUGCAUGAAGAAGGAGAGUGUCGCCAAGACUCUUCCCCACCAAAAAAAGAUUUACGAGUUUUCCUUGGAGAGUAUUGGACUAGAGUAAUGCUACUCUUCUCAGAAUUACAGAGUGUAGAAAUGAUAAAUAUAUAUCUAUGUUUCUUUUCUUUUC